CAGCUCCCCACAGACUCCUGUGACUGCAGUGCCCAGGGCCUCUCAGCUCCAGUGUGUCCAAAGUUGCUCUGAAUACCAGAAGAAAUGGCUGUCGUUACUGGAACAUUCCGUAUGGUGUCGGAGGAGGAGCAGGCCCUCAGGGCCAAGCUGGAGCGCCUCACGGUCAAGGAUCAUGGCCCUGUGUACGGACCGUGUGCUAAGCUUCCUGACCACACCAUGCAGAAGGCCAAAGAUGAGCUGAACGAGACUGAUGAGAAGCGUGUGUCAGCAGCCAAGGAGCUGCGGGCCAUAAUCAAGGAGAAGGCGGAUGCAGGAGACGAGUUGGCCAAGGGGGUGCAGGACACCUUUGGGGAGAAGCCUGACUCUACACUGGUGCGCUUCAUCCGUGCCAGGAAAUACGACGUGCCCAGAGCCUUUGACCUCAUGAAGGGUUAUGUGCGCUUUAGGAAGGACUACCCCGAGCUGUUUGACAACCUGACCCCCGAGGCGGUGCGAAGCACCAUUGAGGCCGGCUACCCAGGCAUCCUGUCCAGCAGGGACAAGUACGGCCGCGUGGUGCUUCUCUUCAACAUUGAAAACUGGGACUACGAGGAGAUCACCUUCGAUGAGAUUCUGCGUGCCUACUGUGUAAUCCUGGAGAAGCUUCUGGAGAACGAAGAGACUCAGAUCAAUGGCUUCUGCAUCAUUGAAAACUUCAAGGGCUUCACCAUGCAGCAAGCCUCUGGCAUCAAACCCACUGAGCUUAAGAAGAUGGUUGACAUGUUGCAGGACUCCUUUCCUGCCCGCUUCAAGGCCGUGCACUUCAUCCACCAGCCCUGGUACUUCACUACCACCUACAAUGUGGUCAAGCCCCUCAUGAAGGGCAAGCUGUUGGAGAGAGUGUUUGUUCAUGGAGAUGAGUUGGACAACUACUACAAGGAGUUUGAUGCCGACAUCCUGCCCUCCGAGUUUGACGGCAAGGGUUCCAAGUAUGAUGGCAAGGCCACUGCAGCAAAGCUGUUUGACUGAACAUCAAACCCCCCGCAACCGCUCUGAACCGGGAUGAGACCUUCUUACACACGUGCACAAUUGGAGCUACAAACUGAACUUCAAUCUAGCAGAGUGGCUUUAGAACAAGUUAUGUAUAAAAUAUUGUUAUGAGUGCUUUGCCUUGUUGAUUUCAAUGUCAAUGGCCAACAAAACCCUUUCAUCAGCACAGAAACCAUUGUAGCAUCAGCUUUGCCUUGUUAUCAUUAUUUUGAAGCCCUCUACAAUCAAAUUCACACUGUUGAUUGCCUUUUUCUGUGCUUUUGUUAUGUCCUUUGUUUGACCCACACAAAAUCAGCAGGCCCUAGUAUUUAUGAUAAACCUUUUUCAGUAGGCCCCCAUCCCUAUGUAAGCCUCAUAUCCAACAAGUGCCUGUCUAGUCUUUUGGUUUCAUCUGGAAAUGUAUAUGAUGGACACAAAAAUAAAUCCUAAUUUGGUGCAGGGGCUUAAGAAUGUCACCUCUGAAAAACUGUACAAUAAAGUGUAUAUAAAGAUGUCUUGCUUAUCUUUAAGUUUCAAUGACAGUGUCCUCAAACUAUGGUUUGUGAGGUAUUUAAUGUAGUCCUUUGAUAAGUAUGGCUAGUACAUAUCUAAAUACACAAAAAUGUGACCGUGGUAUCAGUUAUGAAGCCACAUACCCGUGUACAUGCUCCCAGGUUUAAUACUGUUCCAGAGUUAACGUGCAUUUCUUCAUGUCUGACAGCCAUGCAUUAAUUUUUUUGAAAGAAAAAAAACUGAAGAGAUGGACAGCCCAUUGUUCAAUACAAUAACCACAGUAGUUGCAUCUGUACAUGAAAAUAUUUUAUUAAAGGUCACGAGUUCAAACUGUUUUUAAUAUUACCAAAAAAUGCAUUGCAUUACAUAUUUGUUAACCAGUGCACAUGAUUGACAGGAGUACAGCACAGUGUUGUUACGAUUCUAUGUUAUCGCAACAGAUAUUGUCCUAAAACAUGUCAGACUGUAAACCGAAGAGUAAAGGCAAAAAAUUGGAGGAGUUCCAGAGGGAAAAAACGGCAGUUAUCAAGUUGCCGUUAAGGUCUAUUAGUAGGAAGUAGGAAGUCUACAUCUCAUAUAAA